GCCUGGAACAGCACGUGGAGUGGUAACCGCGGGGUGAGCCUCCGAUGCGCCGGUGAACCGACCCGCCUCUGCCCCCUUCUUUACUCCAGAGACCCGCGCCUAGGCCACCCGCGCCACGGCGUCAACGUGUGGUGGGACUCCGAGUGCGAGGGCAGUGACUUUGCACCUUGGAAGUAGCCAACCCCAAGCUGGGAUUAUCCACUCCACUCCUCGUCUGAGGGCCGUGCCACUUGAAGGUUCUCUCCGCCGGUGGGCUCGGCGGACCGCGCGGGAGGGAGCGACGCCAGCGCCACGCACGACGAGAGACGCUGAACCUUAUCCAGUGCUCCAAAGGUCACAUCGUACGUGAAACAGUGGCGGUGGUGGUGCUUUCUUUAAAGAAGGGCCGAUGGAGGAGGGACUCGGAGGCGAGCCGGAAUCGGACUCCAACGCCUCGCGAGACCUCGCCUCAAACGGCGAGGACCGAGGAGCGACGUCGGGCACCCGCGACCCAGCCCGGCUGGAGGAGGAGGAGGAGGAGGAGUCGAACCCCCUGGAUGUCGUCGGUUCGCCGAGUGGCGGUGUGGAGCCCGAUGGCCAGGGCAGCGGCUUCACCAGGAAGGAGUACUUGACGAUGUUGUCCGUGGCCAGCAUCAACUUUAGCUCCAUGAUCUGCUACGCGGUGCUGGCUCCGUUCUUCCCUAAGGAGGCCGCCAAGAAGGGAGCCAGCGACUCGAUCGUGGGCCUCAUAUUCGGCUCGUUCGCGCUCAUGAACCUCCUGUCGUCGCCACUGUUUGGCAAAUACAUCGUCCACAUCGGAUCCAAGUUCAUGUUUCUGUCGGGGAUGCUCGUGUCGGGGACCUGCACGAUCCUGUUUGGACUCCUGGACGAAGCCCCCAGCGGGAGUGUCUACAUCGCCAUGUGCUUCGUCGUGCGCUGCAUGGACGCGCUGGGCUGUGCCGCCUCCACCACAGCGUCCUUCACCAUCCUGGCCGGCACCUUCCCUAACAACAUCGCCACCGUCAUGGGCUUCCUGGAGAUCUUCACGGGCCUGGGCCUGGUUCUCGGUCCCCCCGUGGGCGGCUUCCUGUACGAGCUGUGGGGCUUCAAGUUGCCGUUCCUCGUCAUCGGCACCUUUGUGCUGCUCAUGAUCCCCAUCAACCUCGCCAUCCUGCCGCCGCAAGAUUCGGUGCCGAGCAAUGGCUCGUUUGUGCGGCUCGUGAUGCUGCCGCCCAUCGUCGUCGUCUCGCUGCUCAUCUGCUCCUUGGGCAGCUCGCUCGGAUUCUUCGACCCCACCUUCUCCCUCUUCCUCUCCGAGCAGUUUGACCUGAAGCCCGGGAAGAUCGGCCUGGUGUUCGCGGGGCUCUGCAUCACCUACGCGCUGAGUUCCCCUUUCAUUGGAUACAUCAGUGACAAAAAACCGCAUCUGAGGCGCCGCAUCAUGGCGAUCGGGGCCUUCGUGUCCGGCAUCUGUUUCUGCAUGCUGGGCCCUGUGCCGUUCCUGCACAUCCCCACGCAGUUGUGGCUGCUCGUCGUGGUGCUCUUCGUGCUUGGAGUCUCCAUCGGCACGGCCAUCGUCCCCACCUUCUCUGAAAUUCUCUCCAUGGCCUAUGAGAAUGGCUUCGAAGAGGGUCUGGGUACGUUGGGCCUGGUCUCUGGCCUCUUCUCAAGCCUCAUGUCCUUCGGGAGCUUCGUGGGCCCCACGCUGGGCGGAUUCCUCAACGAGCGAAUCAAGUUCAAGUGGGCGUCCGCCGUGCAGGGACUCUUCCUGCUCGUGGCGGCUUGCAUUAUGUCCACGUAUUACAUCUGUGUGGCCAGAUGCAAGAAAAGACACCGUGAGGCUCAGGAGCGGAACGAGCCUUCGGCCGAUGAGACCAGGCCCCUGCUCUCCGAGACUCCACGCUGAGCCACGACGGAUGGGCAGAGAGAGGGAGGGAGUGGACGCGUGUGGAGGCGGGCAACGGGGAAACGCUUCCACUGCGGGCAGAACGCUGGGACGAGCAGGAAACACGAAUGUGGGAGAGUCGGGCCUUUACGAAAUUUGUAUGAAAUGCAGUCGUGAAAAAGAGUGGAGCCAUGGAAUUUUGUUUUACUCUGCGCAUACCUCCACUAGCUUCAGUCAAUCUCAAGUCCGUUUUCUGUACAAGUGAGACUUAAGGGAAAUACGGUCGUGGUGAAGAGUUUGCUCAUCCCUCCAAAGCGAUUUGAUGAAAUAGAGUUAUUGUUGCACCGUCACUUGUAUUGCUUCUCGUAAUUUUUUCUGCAGUUUGCUGAAUUGCGUUUACUCAGUUUGCCUAAACGGUUAAUUAACGUAUCAAUUACAUAUCGUUUGUAUUAAUAGUAAACGUGGAAUGCUAUUAGUAACAUAUGAUGUGAACGUGAGAGUAUUUUAUUUAUUAAUUGAGAUAUCGUUAAAUGCCCCAUUUCGCGAAAAUAUGCGCAGAACUUGUUACUGUCCUACUUUCCCUGCCUCCUUAACAGUUCAGUUGCAUGUUCAUUCUCGGCGAGUUUAAUGGGGUUUUUUGUUUUUACCUAAUGCUCCACUCUAUUUUUCACGGUGGCCACUUCACCAUCGAAGGCCCAGGAAGACUCGAGAAAAAACAAGCGCUUGUGUCUUCUGAUUUUUACAGCACUUUUAUCGCUCAAUCAUGCCGUAUCAGAGAUGUUGUAGUUUUGUAACAGAGGAAUAAUUAUAGUCGUGGUUUAUCACGAGUGUGGCCAAGAAGGUGGUGCGUGGGUGUGUUGUCUUUGGUUUUUGGAAUGGGUGUGUGCACGUCCAGCCGUCUUUAGCAUACGCCCGUUUUGCUGUGCACUUGAGGUGCUAGGGUGGUGAGAUGUUAACUACUUCGCCUGGUAUACAGGUCAUCGGUUCGAUCCUGACCCUAACGCCUGUAUAUUUGGAGUGUGCGUGUUCUCCCCGUGACCGUGUGUAUUUUUCUCCGGGUCCUCCGGUUUUUCCCUCCACAUUUAAAAACGUGCGUUUAAGUGAUAAGCCACUUUGCCGAGCUAUCAUUUGUGGCCAGGUCGAUUCAGUGGGCCUUUCCCAGUAAAAUAAAACGUUCAUUUUUUUCUUCCUCCCGUUCACGUUCGAUCGCUAUGGGCUCCAUUGCCGUUACGUUUAGAGAAAUUGUCAGAAGUUAAUCGGCUUUCCCGUACUUAAGCAAUCCAGGUUGUGUCGUGGGCUAUCCAACACGAGCUUGAAUCUUUGUUUCUGAGAAAACACAGACUUUAUAGUGCUUGUCACGCAGCUCAUGACAGCACCGGUGAGAUGUCACUGUUGAAUCACUACGUGCACUACGAUGAAUCGUGGAUGCUGCCGUAGUUCAGUGGGUAGUGCAACUGGGCUUGUCAACCUCGACGUUGCCGGUUCAAUCUCCCGGCACGGCGGUUCAAACGAUGAGACAACUUUAUUAACCCCGCCUCUGUCCACCCAGCGGUAUUAAUGGAUGCACUAGUCGGCAGGUCACGUGUGGUGGGGUAAAGUGUGGGUACUGCCACGUCUUCAAAGACGUCUGGCCAAGACACCCACUUGAGCAUCCCUCGAUUUUUGAGGCCCCUUGAGGCCAGCUGUGGCAUGAGCAAGAUCCCGUAUGGCUGUCGUCCUCCUUGCUAACGUGAAGUGUAAUAUGUCAAUGCGGUAAUGUCACGAGAGCCGCGUUAGGAACGGUAACUUUAUAGUAAAUGCCCAGAAGCUUCAAACAGCCCAAGGCACGCGUCCUUGGUACGUGUACCCGAGACCCAUAUUGUGGGUUGCGUGUCCCUUCGUAAACACCAAACCGUUUGUCCGCAUGUGUUUACAAAUAUUUUAGUCGGUUAUUUAGCUGGGUAUGGUCCCCACUAAGCUACAUUACGAGAACCUGGUUCAAGCUCAAGGUUGUGUGUUAACCCGGUUAGAGAUCAUUGGAUAACCUUACAAGGCACUGUGUUGUUUUCUUAGCUGUGCGUCUCAAUACAAACACGUCGGCGUUUGAUAAAUCUAAUUUAUAUUACUCGAUUCAACAUGUUUGGGAAAGGGACGUCUGUUAAUAGUACGCUUUACUUUUUUAUUCAAUCACAAUCUUUAUCCUGGAGGAAUCCGAUGAGCUAUGAGGCACUGUUUUUUUUACAGAUGUCCAGAAGGGGGCGGGUCAGAAAGUUGCAACAACAAACAAUACAACAACACGGAGUGCAAAUUAUACGAAAAGUAAGCAAGUCGCUGAAAACAAAUCUAAGGAUGUAACUAGAAAUUGCAAAAGUACAUACAUUUCUGCGGAUUUUUGUAACACGAAAUGCAAUCUUGGGCAAGGCAACAAUAACAACAAAAACUGUCCCAGACCACGCACAUUAAGAUGUGACUAUCGGUACACAGGCGUAAGAUCAAAGUUACAAAUCACAUUUUCAGCUGUGGGUAGUAUCCAGAAUAUAUCUUUCUCCAGGAUAUUUUGUUCAAUGAAGAUUUACGAAACUAAAGGGGAGGUAACAAGGUUGUUUCAAACCGUUACAACGGCAAAGGCUUUGUCACCUACUCCAAUUCUUGUUCUUGGGAUAGUUAAAAGGCAAUUAGCCUGACGCCUUGGGGUUUGACAGGGGUUUAUGGAAGUAUACUGCAUCGCAGAUUUGCCAAUAAGGAUAUCAUUUAAAUCGUGGCACUCAAACUUGUAUAGGUUCGAUAACACAUUGCCUAUGACCUUAGCCUUCAUUUCUCAACGGAUGACUCUUCGAAACUCUUGGACGAUUUCGUAUUAAAAAUGCUCUUGCAUGACGCCGGAGUAGCCGUAGAGCCUUGCACAAAAGCCUUACACAAGCAACUUCCAGGUCAAAUGUGCUCUGCAUUGCAAAAUAAUGUUCAGCCCUGUCGCCGCCGCUUCACUGAUGCAUGAAGGGGCCCUCCCAGUGCCGUCUCGGGCGUGCAGAUUGCUUGACCAUACUUCUCCACACUGGUCGGUGUGGGAUUGUGGUGCAGUGGGGAGCGAGGAAGGGGUUUGGGGCCAGAACCCAAAACCAGUUAAGAUAUCGGUUGCUACUAAUAUUCGCAGGGGCCAGGAAUUAAACUCUUUAAAUUUUUUUGCAGUGCACGUAACACGGCUUAAUGAUGCGGUGGGUUUUAUCCACUCCACAUUUUAAUUGAGUAAAAAAUAUCUAUUGAUUUGAUUUGGGCUUUUUUUUCGUUGGCAAUUGAGCGGUUGUCAAGCAAAAAAUGGUGAGAUCCACCGGUGAAGCCGAGAAACACUUGACGUUUCGAAGGUGUAUAAAUGAAAAGGGAUAUUACAAAAAAAAUCCUCGGCAUAACUUGUGGCAGCGGGGCAUCAGAAGUGCUGACGAUCUCUUCAAGAGGUGCAGCUGCUAUGCAAAGCAAACAAUUGACCGUAAAUUUUAAAUGUGGCACCCAUUCUUUCGUUGGUCACCAUGCGUGUCUGCUUUUUCUUUUUUGCAAUUGUCUUUACCCGUGGUAUUGUACGGCCUCUAAACGCUUCGCAUCGAGUGAACGUGAUACGAAGUCGUGCACGCCGAGUUUUUAAGGGAGUUAACGACACGUAAUACCUACCUCAUAGAAUGUUGGAUUUGAAAGGGGUAUUCGAUAUUUUCACGUGGUUUAUGAUGUAAAGCAUUGAUUAGGCGGUGGUCGGGUACAAUGAAGUGUGUUGGUUUGUGUCGGUCGGUAUCUGGCUUCGCACACAUACAUCUGCUGCUGCUGCAACUAAAUUAAACUUCAGUAUGCAUAGCACCAAGCUAAACUCGGCAGUCCUGAACUGUAUUACCUU